CAAAAGUGCCACAUUCGAUCCGGCGGCAGUCCACGAUGAUCAUUCGGCAACUCCAUGGCACGACUGAAGAGACCGAGCCCGUGGCGAUGCUCUUGCCGUAUACGUUGGCAUUGACCAUGUCCGCUGGCAUGUCCUUGGCCACGUGUUUUACGGUAUUCAAAUGGACGAACGUGAUGCGCGAUGCAGGCCACGGCACCAUGUUCAUGGUGUUUGCGUCGGAAGGUCUGUGGUCGUUGCUCAGCUUGGCGCGCAUGGUGGGCGUGUACAUCAAUAAUCGAUUGAGCACCCUCGAAUACGGCCCCAUCCUCCACAUGACUAUCUCGUCCGAGAUCUUCUUCAACACGACAUCACUUUGGUUCAUGGCUGUCGCGUACGAAAUCCAGCGGCGGGCCCUGAACGCUCGCUCGGUACAGAGCAGUCGCGUGGCCAUGACAUGGUACACGACCGUGAUAUUUGGACUGACGCUCGUGAUGCACAUUACCAUGACUCUGCUGGAGCUCUUGGAUGUCAAGAUUCCAAUCACAACCAACAACGGCGAUGUGGAGAUGCAGCACUUGGUGGACCACGUGUUGAACUACAUGACCUGGUUUACGUGGGGCACACGAUCCGUGUCUGUGGUGUUUGCUGGCCUCGUGGCGUUGUGGCUCUACUGGCAGCGAGCCCGGGUGUCCUUCCACAGACUCCCCACUGCCCUCAUGUGGAUCGUGUCGUUGUUUUUCGUUCUCAACAUGCCGUACCUGGUCCAGCAUACCCUUCGGGACGUAGGCGUGAUCGAACCAAACGAAUCGCCGAUGCUCACAAGUGCACUCAAGUGUGCGACGUUUUUGCAUGGAGCCAUCAUCUCAGUGAUCAUGGGCCAAGCUGUUGGGGGCUUCGACGUGUUUUUUCACGUUAGUAGGCAGUUUGGCGGGGCCAAACACCUCGAGUUUUUUGUCUUUUCCGAGAGCCAAAGUGUCAUUCGGUACUAAUAAUACACCACAUUGCCC